UUUUGGAGUUUCGGGUUGCAGAUCGUGUCCCUGCGAGAAAGGUGGUAAUUUGAAUAAACACGCGUAACCUCAUCUUCCAAUUCAUUGAAGUUCACACAGCACAGUACGAUACGUUAACGGGGUAAAUGUUCAUUUCUGAUACUUUUACAGGGACACUGACCGCCCCCACCCGCACGAGUUUGUGCACGCAUGCUGUAUAUUUCUCAUUUAAAACAUUGUUGCAUUAUCGUUAAGCGGUGAGUCAACUUGAGCGAAAGACAAAGAGCUACAGUUUCUGCGUGAGACUGGCUAGGAGCUGCACCAGUAACCACCGCCCCCGAGUAAGAGGGCAAAGUUUGAACGAUCUCAACUAAAAGGAAAAAAAAUUGUGCAAAACAAACAACUUGUAAAGACUUUUUUUGUUUACAUAGCAGGUGGACGUGACGUAAUCUUGGGUCGCGAUACUCCAAAAAAUAAUAAUAUCCAACUCCGCGCGAGUGCGUCCCCUGGGGCUGUAUUCUAAUAAGCUAGUCCCAAAUACUUCACAGAAUACAUUUUGAUAUAUUGAAUUCUAAUGCAAAAACAUGCUACAUCUUCCUACUAUGAGUCAUGUGAGAGCAAUCUAACAGGAGUUAGUGUAUAGUUUUUUUUCUUUUGCAUUAAUAAUAACAGCAGCAGUGGCUGAAGAAGAGAGCGCGAGACAGCGCGUGCAUCCCCGAGCCCAGCGCCAGCGGAGGAAUAUUCUAGUUGUUGUUUAUUCUUCGGCUUGUUGUUCAUUUUUCUAUUUUAUGAUUAUCGGACACUCUCACGUGUCAAGCUUUUUCUAAACACAGAAAGUCCCAAGUCAUUCGCAUCCGGUGGCUAUUCGUCUCGGCGAGGAUAUAAAGCGGGAUUGCGGAUGAAGUAUGUCACAGCAGUUACCAUUGUAAAAGGCCUAAGACAGCAACACCCCGUAGACGUGCAGAGUCCCAGUUUAAGUGGUUUCCGAGUCAUGAUGCAGGAGUCGGCGACGGAGGCGAUAAGCGCCGUGAAUCAGAAUGGAUUGAGCAGCCAAUUAGACGCCAGCGGCAGGGAUGGCAGAUCAAGUGCCGACGCGGCCGGCGACAUAAGCACAGUCGAACUGCUGCAUCUGCAACAACAGCAGGCGCUCCAAGCAGCCAGGCAUCUGCUUCUCCAGCAGCAGAGCGGCAGCCUGAAGUCCCCAAAGAGCAACGACAAGCAGCGCCCCCUGCAGGUCCCCGUAUCUAUGUCCAUGAUGAGCCCCCAGGUGAUCACCCCCCAGCAAAUGCAGCAGCUCCUCCAGCAGCAGGUGCUGUCCCCCCAGCAGCUGCAGGCCCUUCUCCAGCAGCAGCAAGCCGUCAUGCUGCAGCAGCAACACCUGCAGGAGUUUUACAAGAAGCAACAAGAGCAGCUUCACCUUCAGCUCCUCCAGCAGCAGCACUCGGGAAAGCAGGCAAAGGAGCAACAGCAGCAGCAACAGCAGCAGCAACAGCAGCAACAGCAGCAGCAGCAGCAGCAGCAGCUGGCCGCCCAGCAGCUCGUCUUCCAGCAGCAGCUCCUUCAGAUGCAGCAGCUCCAGCAGCAGCAGCAUCUGCUCAGCCUGCAGCGGCAGGGCCUGCUCUCUCUGCCCCCAGGCCAAGCCGCCCUGCCCGGGCAGCCCAUGCCACCUGCCUUGAGCCCGGUGGAGCUCCAGCAGCUGUGGAAAGAGGUGACCAGUUCUCACAGCUUGGAGGAUAAUGGCGUCAAGCACAGCGGGCUGGACCUCACCACCUCCAACUCCUCAACUACCUCCUCCACCACUUCCAAAGCAUCACCGCCCAUCAGCCACCACUUGGCGGUCAACGGGCAGGCCGCGGCGCUCGGCGCCCGGAGGGAGAGUUCUCUACACGAGGACUCCGGAACCUCCCACGCCCUCUACGGGCAUGGUGUGUGUAAGUGGCCAGGCUGUGAGAGCAUCUGCGAGGACUUCAGCCAGUUCCUCAAGCACCUUAACAGCGAGCAUGCGCUGGAUGACAGGAGCACGGCACAGUGCCGGGUCCAGAUGCAGGUCGUACAGCAGCUGGAGAUUCAGCUUUCUAAGGAACGCGAGCGUCUCCAGGCGAUGAUGACCCACUUACACAUGCGACCCAACGAACCCAAGCUAUCUCCAAAACCGCUCAACCUGGUGUCAAGCGUCACCAUGUCAAAGAACCUGCUGUCUGCGUCACCCCCCAACUUACCUCAGACGCCGACCACGCCCACGGCUCCGGUGACGCCGCUGAGCCAGGCCCCCCCGGUGCUCAGCCCAGCCAGCCUCCCCGGCAUGGGGGCCGUGCGCAGACGCCACUCGGACAAGUACGCCAUGGCCAUGUCCUCCGAGAUCGCCCCCAACUACGAGUUCUAUAAGAAUGCGGAUGUGAGACCCCCCUUUACAUACGCGACCCUCAUAAGGCAGGCCAUCAUGGAGGCGGGAGACAUGCAGCUGACACUUAAUGAAAUCUACAGCUGGUUCACACGUACCUUCGCCUAUUUCAGGCGCAACGCCGCAACCUGGAAGAAUGCCGUGCGGCACAACCUCAGCCUGCACAAAUGCUUUGUGCGCGUGGAGAACGUGAAGGGUGCUGUGUGGACCGUAGAUGAGGUGGAGUACCAGAAGCGGCGAUCGCAGAAGAUAACGGGGAGUCCAACACUAGUUAAAAACCAUCACUCCAGUCUGGGAUAUGGAGCAACCCUCAAUGCAAGCUUACAGGCCGCCCUGGCGGAGAGCAGCCUUCCCCUGCUCGGCUCGCCGGGUCUGAUGUAUGUGUCCCUCCCUCUCCAGGCCGCCCUGGCAGAGAGCAGCCUUCCCCUGCUCGGCUCGCCGGGUCUGAUGAGUGGCAGCUCCACGGGGCUGCUGCAGACAGCGCCCGAGGACCUGAACGGCGCCCUGGACCACCUGGACACCAACGGCCACAGCAGCCCCGGCUACUCGCCGCAGAUGCACAAGCCGGCAGUCCACGUCAAGGAGGAGCCCCUGAACCUGGACGACGACGAGUGUCCGAUGUCACUGGUCACGACGGCCAAUCACAGUCCAGAGCUGGAGGAGGACCGAGAGCUGGAGGAAGGGAACUUAUCGGAGGAUGUCGAGUAGCGGGGGGCGGGGUGGGGUUUGGGGGGGGGCGUCCCCCACAUGCCGCUCGCGGUGGCAUGCGGCUGACUUUUUCCCCGGGACCAUUUACUGAGCAUGCAUCGUUGGGACAGCCUGAAGGAGAUAAUCCUUAGAGCCCUUCGGGAAGCAGACAUGACGGGUGUAAAAUGCUUGGUUUUUAACUCGACAAAGACUUAUUUCCUUACAAACUGCGUGGCUCUGGCCGUAAAAUAGAAGAAGACGGUCUAACGUGUUCGUUGCUCAAACAGAGAUGAGGAAGAGCGUGUCCGUAGAAAGCUACCGGCAUUGUAUGCUGCCAAAAGAAAUAGUUUUAGCUCUGUCCUGUAUGAAUUUCCCACCUGCAGUCGUUGACGGCGGUAGAAGCCGGCUCUGGCCCAAUCACAGUCGUCGCUCUCCUGUCAUAUGCACGGGGGGUGGCCCAAACCCACCGCUGCUCCUUGCAUGCGGCUAAGAUGCUAUAAGCUGUAUUUUAUUUUUUUUUACACCCCCCCCCCCCCCCCCCAAUACCUUGCAUCAUCCGGUCAUCAUCUUCGGCACUUGACUUCACCUGCACCGGAACCGCAGCACCGGACCGAAUCUGACCGCUGUGCCCUUCCCACAAAUCUCGGUCCUGUCCCCCAAGUAUGAAGUGCAGAACCAUUUGUGCAAGCUGUUAAAAAAAAACAAAACUAAACUAAACAAAAAAACUAAACAAAAAAAACAGAAAAACGGGGAAAAACGCUGACCUGCUUAUCCUACUACCGUCCUCUUUACCUCUUCCUCCUAAAGCUUUGUCUACCUGCAAACAGUCAAAGGCAACAGCUAGAAACCAAAGCCAAUCUAUCUAUGGCCAACAGCGCAAGCAGGAGUGGCCGGGUCUUCCCGGACCGGCCUUCUGGAACGUUCAUUAGUGCAAAGGAAAGCUUUCCACCAACUACCUUCUUAAAUGACCUCUGGGAUCGUUUUUUCAGUUGGGCCCCGUGCGAAGAGGACGGGGCCGAUCCAACACGUCGCCCCCCCCACCCCCCCCAUCCCUCACCCCUCGCCUGGCGGUCGGCCCGCCCACCCCGCAGUCACAGCGAGAAUCAUGGCGGAGGUGGUAGCAGGCCGGGGGGGUGCGGGGAGAGGCUGAUACGCAGCAGCCUACACGAGGAUCAAAACGAACACUGACCAAAAUACGCUUUGUGUAUUUAACGAAAGUGCAGAAUUCGUACUUAUGUGAAACUCCUUUUUUUUUAAAAAAAAAUACUUAUUGUUUUUUUCCCCAUUAUGACAUUGUUUUCUGGUGAAUAUGUGACGUUACUGGGACUGUUGCGUAUGUUAAUUUUAUAAUUUUUUUAUGUUUAUUUUUUUUCUCAGAGCCGUAUUAAAUUAAACUGAAAACACAGUAACCAAACAUUUUAAAGAUCUAGUAAAGCCAAAAAAUAAUAAUUUUGAGUUGAUAUGAAAUGAUCUGGCUUGGUUGUUAAGAGCAAAGAAUAUAGCCAUUGCAGAAAAGGGUACGGAAGGUGAAUAGUAACCUUUUCUAGGUGAUAUUUGCUUUCAAACAGUGGAACAUUCAUUGUGUGAUAGGAACUUAUCUGUAGCAAACUGUCUGUACAGAUAUGGUGGGUGUACAGAUACCUGUGAAUAGAUGGGUUUUGUAGUGCCAUCAUGUAUCCAGCUAAAACCAUUUUAUACCAUAUUUGUAGAUUUACAAUAAUUUGGACUAAAGUGAUGGGGGAGGAUGGUCAUUUCUUUGUUUGUUGUACCGGUUUGAUCUCAGCCAAUGUCAUCUAGAAAAGCUGAUGCAUCUUUUUAAAGGUCAUUUCUGUUUUCAACCGAACCAAAGUUACGCAAAGUUCUGCCUCUUGUAACAGGACAGUAAGGCUGACAGUACACUCCCUUCUGAAGACUUGCACACAGUCCAAAUUUUUGGUACACUGGCUUUCCUGCUCCUUGUUUUGCUAAAAGCGAAGGAACCUACCAAUGCAUAAAAUGAAUUUUCUAAGGGUUGUUGAAAAUGCUUUGCGUUGUAUUUGAAAUACCGAGGUAACUCCGCAUUGUACGUAUGGAAACACACUGUACAUAUGUCGCUUUUUAUGUGCCGUACCAGGUCUUUGUAAACCCUUACUUUUUCUCCCCAACCAAGCGACCUCAUAACCUGGUUUAUGGUUAUCGCUUUACCAACGGUUGACUAAGGGGGCCGCUUACGCAGGACUCUUUCACACGUGCAGGCUCUCAUGCUGCGUGAACAGUGACACACACACUGUUACACAGUCGCUUUAUACACGCAGUCACAUGUAUAUUCCUACUCAGUCACUAUACACAUAUUGUUACAUACUCACCUUGCAUGCACACACACACACCGUUACUCUUGUUGUACAUGUUCUGAUACUUGUACACAAAUUUGCUCAGUUACUCUGUACACACACACACACGCCCAUGUUCCUACAUACAUUCUUGGCAUCAUCCCAUACUCAUGCACUGUACACACACUCUGAUAUCACACUUGGCUACACACGCACAGAGAUGCACGUAUGCACUAGUUCCUCUUGAGGGAUGGUGAGUCCUGCCAAGUAGCCUGUCAAUCGCCCUCCGCAGGGGGGGACAUCUCACCCGGUCACCUGUCACACCAAAUAUGUAAGGACGCGACGUCUUUCGAAAAAAAAAAGGGUCCUCCCACCCGUCCAAAACGCUUUCCGGAAGCUUCUACCUCUGUCCGACAAUUUCCCAACAAACAUGUCAAGACUGCAUGAGACGUUAGGAUGCCGCAGUAGAUGUAGCCGAGGCUGGGAUCCGAGUGGCAAUGCCACACGCGGAAGAUUCACGUCCCGAUGGGUCAUCCUCACAUUUCUGUCCAACGAGCCAUUUUACAAAUGACUUGCGAAGGGGAGUAUAUUGUGUUUUCAGAUGCAUGUCUAAAUUCGUGGUUGGACUGGAAAUAAAGUUCAAUUAAAAAAAGAAUAAUAAUAAUAAUAAUAAUAAAGUAUUAAUUCUCAUCAGGAAGGUGGCCGACGUGUUCGACGGUAAUAUUACCCAUACCUCAGCUACACUGUUUUUGGAGGGAAAAAUGAAAAGGUCUCAGUCACAGAAUGCGUAUGAACCUGUAGAUUUUGCAUGGGUUUUUGUAAGAAAAGAGCAAAAACGAAAAAACCGAUAGAAAAAAAAGAGAAAAUGUUUAAAAUAGCUGCUUGCACAUUAUUACCAGGAAAACCUCCAAAACUGCAGUCUGUUUAUCCUCUAGAAUUUAGGGUUGUCGGGGUUUUCUGAGUUGCUUUUGUCUGUAUUUUGAUAAUUGUGCAUAUAAUGUAAAAAAAAAAAAAAAUGUUGGUGGACCCAUUUAAAAAAAAAAAAAAGCGAUCCGACCGUUUUUUUUUUUUUCUAAGACGAGAAAAGUCGGAGCUGCUUCUCGGCAGCCCUGCUCCUCUGUCAUCGCUUGUUACGAGUAGCAAACCCGCGUUUCCUGCAUCUGCUUCUGCAUAGCUGUUGUAAAGCUUUAAACUAAUAUGUGUAUUUAUUGCUUGUACUUUAGUGCAUACCCAAUGAAGCAUUAUGUCUGACAGUCACCGUACCCUUUCGGUCCCUCUUCCCUGAUGACGGGGAUCCUCUGUGUAUACAGUAAAUUUUAACUGUCGCAAAAGAAAAAGGAAAAAAAAAAAAAAAAUGACAUCUGUUUAUGUAUUUGGUGGAUCAAUUUUGUUUUGUUUUUUUGUUUUUAUUUAUCUUCUAUGGAGGUAAACUAAUUUUUGAUACUUUUCAUUACUGUGUACCGUGUCCAUACUUUGAAUUCUCUGACAUGUAGAAGUCAUGGUUGAGAAUUAUUGUAACAGCUGUUAUUUGUUCUGUAUUCAUGGCUUUUCACUGCUGAAUUAAAUAAAGGACCAAAACUAGGAUUUGAAAAACA